AUGGAAAACGAUAAAAUGGAAAUCUACGAAUCAUUGGUACGCUGGUUAAGCGUAUUGAAUCUGUCUGCACCACACCAAACGGUGCAGGAACUUUCGGAUGGUGCAGCACUCGCCCAAGCGCUUAAUCAAAUCGCAUCGGAAGUGUUUACCGAUAGUUGGCUCUCUAAGAUAAAGUCAGAUGUCGGUGCGAACUGGCGGUUAAAGGUGAGCAAUCUGCGAAAAAUUAUCGAAGGUAUCUACGUGUACUACCAGGACGAGUUGAGCUUGAACCUAUCGGAAGAGCUACGUCCGGAUGCGCUUAAAAUUGCAGAGAAAUGUGACCCGCACGAGCUCGGCAGAUUACUGCAGCUCAUACUGGGAUGUGCGGUGAAUUGCCUCGAGAAACAAAAGUACAUCACGCAAAUCAUGGAACUGGAGGAAUCGUUACAGCGAAACAUCAUGGCGGCAUUGCAGGACAUUGAGUACAUUUGGCAAGGAGCCUCUCCUUCUCGUAACUCCAUCAAUACGACAGCGAGUCUGGAUGUUAAAACGCUACAGGAAGAUCGAGACACACUGGCACAGAAGUGUCACGAGACAAACAAAAAGAUGCUGGGGCUAAUCGAAGAGAAGGCAGCAUUGCAACAGGAAAUCAGCAAACUGCAAGCUAUUGUGGGGCGGUACGAAAAUCCAAAUCUGAUCGGCGACGACGGAACGUCUCUCGGGCCGAUUCAGUUAGGUUCAUCUCGGUACAACGAUCUCCGCAAGUUGGUAGACAGUUUGAAGGAUGAGCUACUGCAGGCCGAAACGGCGCGAGACGACCUGAAGAUGAAAUCGAUGAUUCAGGAGAAGGAGAUCACAGAGCUGCAGGCGCGAAUCGAUGAACUGCACGCGGCAACAACCGAAAUUGCACAGCUUAAGGAUGAGAUCGAUAUCCUGAAGGAGGCAAACGAAAAGCUGAAAAUUUGUGAAACACAACUGCAAACGUAUAAGAAAAAAUUGGAAGACUACAACGAUUUGCGAAAACAAAUCAAGCUACAGGAGGAACGUAGUGCCGACUACCUAAAACAGAACCUCGAGUAUGAAGAAGAAGCCAAAAAGUACGCCGGUUUGAAGGGACAGGUCGAGCUGUACAAGAAAAAAAUACAGGAUCUGCACGGAAUGCUUGACGAGGAGAUGGGCAAGACAGUGCGAGCCGAGUUCGAGUAUAACCAGCUGCAGGGUCAGCUGGCGGCAGUGCAACGGGAAAAGGAGAACUUUCUGAGAGAGCGCGACACGUUGCGAGAGGCGUUAGAUGAGCUAAAAUGUGGCCAAGCCAUCGGCGCGGAUGGCGUUGGUUCCGGUGGUCACGGGACGGGUGGAAACACUAUGUCGAAGGAGUUACAUUCGAACGAUCUGUACGAGCGUAUCGAGCGAUUAGAGCGUGAAAACAAAGCUCUACGGGAGGGACAGGGUGGUCAAACGGCACUUUCGCAAUUGCUAGACGAUGCAAAUCAACGCAACGAAAAGCUUCGUGACCAGCUAAAGUCAGCUAACCAGAAAAUUCUUCUACUCAGUCAGCAUCACACCGAUGACGGAAGUAGCAAGAGCGAACUGGAGAUGCAGAUGAAACAAACGCUGGAACUAGGAGAGCAAAACACGUCGCAACAACAAAUGGAUGAGGCGCAGUUGCAGCUUAGCAAUUUACAAACAAAAAUUGCAAAUCUAGAAGCAGCCCUGGUUGUAAAGGAUCAGGAACUGCAGGCGGCCGAUGUGCGCUACAAGAAAUGUGUGGAAAAAGCGAAGGAAGUCAUUAAAACGCUCGAUGCUCAUGCAAUCAGUGAAGCACUAUUGAUGGAUAAGGUCGAUUCGCCCGUUGGAACUGGAGUGGAUAGUACGCUAACGGCAGGGAAUGGGAAUACUUCCCGUCCGCCGAUGGGUCAGCAGGAAGAGCAAUUAAUUGCAACCGCGUUCUAUCGGCUUGGAAUGGUUUGCCAUCGGGAAGCGGUUGAUGCACGUUUGCUAAGUGGCCCAGGGCAAAGCUUUCUGGCACGACAACGUCAACCGGCGGCACGAAAACCGCUGAAUGCAAAUUAUGGCAAAAAAUGA